UAACAGGUGUUGAAGCAGCGUAUGGAUCGGAUUUGGAAGAUACAGAAAUCUACAAGACUUCAAUCCAACUUUCUUCUCACCUCAUCCAAACCCGAGAACGGCACAAACUCCAUUAGUCCCAACUGUGUGCCCUAAUUUUCUUCUAAUUUUUCGCAGCGUUUGGGUAUAGAGUUGUGCAAGUCGCAGAUCCUUAUGCGGCGUAGUUUUACCCCAAUUGUCAAUACUAUUUGAUCGAUCAAAGCAAAGAGGAGCGUAGGAAUUCAUGUCGUCCAGUUCGGUGGAUGAAGGGAAUGAAUCAGUUCUUCAAUUCGCUCCUUUUCAAAGUGCAGUGGACGAGGGAUUUUGGCACAGAUUGUCAUCACUGAAGCUCAACAAGCUUGGGAUUGACGAAUCUCCUAUUCCUAUCACUGGUUUCUAUGCCCCUUCUUCACAUCGGCAAGUAUCCAAUCAUUUAACUCUUUUCACGGAAUCAUUACCUCCUGAGUCUAAUGAACAAUCACUUGAGCCUGUAUUAAGUCGUGGGAACAGGAAUAGAUGUCCAAUCCCUGGUAUUCUUUACAAUACAAACACAUUGGAGGGGUUCCAGGCUCUCGACAAACAAAGCCUACUCAAAGCAGAAGCAAAAAAGAUAUUGGAGGAUAUCAUAUCCGGCAAAGUCCAGGAGGACUGCAGCCUUCUAUCAAGAUUCCUCGUCAUUUCAUUUGCUGACUUGAAAAAAUGGAGCUUUUAUUAUUGGUUUGCUUUCCCAGCAUUGGUUCUUGACCCUCCAGCAACUGUUGUUAAUCUUAAGCCGGCUACUCAAUGGUUUAGUAAGAAUGAGGUGGAGUCUGUGACGGCUGCUUGUAAUGAUUGGCGCAAUAUGUGCUCAACAACUGAUAUUCCUUUCUUCCUGGUAUCCAUUCCUUCAAAUUCUGCUGCGACUAUUAGGCAUCUGGCUGAGUUUGAAGCCUGUCAGAGGGAUGGUCAUAAGAUCCUGUUUGGAUUUUAUGACCCUUGCCAUCUUCCAAAUAAUCCUGGUUGGCCACUUCGAAACUUCUUAUGGUAUAUUUUCAGAAGAUGGUGUCUUCCUAAGGUUCAUUUUUUCUGCUAUCGUGAGAGUCGUGGUUUGGCUGAUUUAGAAUCAUCGUUGGUGGGAGAAGCAUCAGUAUCAAAUUCGCAAGAGCUGAGAAAUCAUGAGAACGUGCCAAAUGCUGUUGGCUGGGAACUCAAUAACAGAGGGAGAAAGGCAUCAAGGUGCAUUAGUCUUGCCAAGACAAUGGAUCCAAAUAGGUUAGCAGUUGAAGCUGCCGAUUUAAACUUAAAGCUUAUGAGAUGGCGUCAGCUGCCAUCACUAAAUCUGACUGUCUUGUCAUCUACAAGAUGCCUUCUUUUAGGUGCAGGUACACUUGGAUGCCAGGUUGCUAGGAUGCUUAUGGCAUGGGGUGUUAGGAAGAUCACAUUUGUUGAUAGUGGUAGAGUUUCUAUGUCUAAUCCACUUCGGCAGUCGCUGUAUACCUUGGAUGAUUGUCUGAAUGGUGGUGAAUUUAAGGCCAUAGCAGCUGCUAAAAGUUUAUCUAGAAUAUAUCCAGCAGUGGAAACACAAUCAGUUGUAAUGGCUAUUCCUAUGCCUGGGCAUCCUGUACUGAGCCAAGACGAGAAUAGUGUGCUUGAAGACUGCAAACAGUUGCAUAACUUAAUAGAUUCACAUGAUGUAAUAUUUUUGCUAACUGAUACACGAGAAAGUAGGUGGCUUCCAACUCUUCUUAGUGCCAAAACCAACAAGAUCGCUAUUACUGCUGCUCUCGGGUUUGAUAGCUUUCUAGUUAUGCGCCAUGGAGCUGGUCCUUUUAGUUCUUCUCAUGAAAUAAAGACAGAAGCUGUAAAUGAUUUAUCUGCUGAAAUCGCAACCAUCUCGCUUGAGGGGGAGAAUAGGGGGCAGAGAUUGGGUUGUUACUUUUGCAAUGACGUUGUUGCUCCAGUUGAUUCAACCUCUAACCGUACAUUAGACCAGCAAUGUACUGUCACACGUCCAGGACUUGCUCCUAUUGCAUCUUCUCUCGCAGUUGAGCUUCUCGUAGGUAUUCUACAUCAUCCUUCUGGGAUAUCAGCAAAAGCUGAAUUUUCCAGCACAAUUGAUAAUGGCGGCGAUCAACCUCUCGGAAUUCUGCCCCAUCAAGUGCGAGGCUCUCUGUCCCAGUUUUCUCAGAUGAUCCUCGUCGGCCAUGCGUCUGCAAGUUGCACUGCUUGUAGCUCCAUUGUUGUGGAGGAGUAUGAGAAGAGAGGAUUGGAUUUUAUACUUGAAGCCAUCAACCAUCCGACGUAUUUAGAAGAUCUAACCGGACUAACUGAACUGAUGAAAUCAGCCGGCAAAUUUGAAGUGGAUUGGGCUGAUGAAACUGGCGAUGACGAUGAUGAAUUUUCUCUCAUUUGAGUUUUAAUUAACGUUGGCAAUAGAGGUUUGUUUUUAUUAAUUUCAAAAUAAAUUGAAAAAAGGAUUGGUUUAGCUGAAUGCAUGUUAAUUGCCUUAUUCUAAAGGCUAACAACAUCGUUUCCUUCUGCAUAAAUAACGAGUAUAUUAUACA